AGCAAUAAUAGUAAAAAUAUAAAAUCAAAUUCUUCUAUGCCAAUUUUAAGAUAUAAAAUCUCAAAUUCAUCAGAAACAGACGAUCCAUUAAAAAAUAUAUUUUUAUUCAAAACUGUUACCUCAAAAUAUAGUGAAAUAAUAUCUUUAGACAACACACCACAGAAGUCUGAUAUCAAUAAAGAAAAAACAACUAUAAAUGACAUAAUAGAAAAUAUGGAAAGAAAAAAUGCGGAUAAAAACGAUUUCAACAAAUUCACAAUUACUAAUGCCAACUCUGAAGCUUUUGUUAUUAAUUACCCGCCAAAAGCUGAUAAUUAUUUAAAAACAAGUCCCGAUAAUAAUUGUCGACCACCAUGUAAAUCGAAAAAGAAUGAAAUAUGUGUAUCAAUAAUGAAUAAUGACAGUAAAUUGGAGGAAACCCAGUGUGUGUGUCGUCCAAGUUUUGGGCGAAUGUUUCCGGAUCGACCCUGUAAGCCUCUCAGAAAACAGUAAUGAAAAUCAACUGAAAUCUGUUUUUCAAAAAUACUUACGACAAAGUAACUUUAGUAUAGGAAAUACUGGAUUGUAUUCCUCAAAGAAUGGACUGGAUUUAUUAGUUAUUAAAGAUUUCGAUGAAUGCAUUUCGGAAAACUUUAAUGACUGUUCCCUGAAUGCCUAUUGUUUUAACUUAAUUGGUAGCUAUACCUGCAGUUGCAAGAAUGGUCAUAUAGAUAUAUCAGAUAAUGCUCAAUAUCCUGGACGAAUUUGCUCAGACAAUACCAUUGGAUGCGGUAAUUGCCAUUAUAAUGGAAAGUGUGUUAUUACAGAGAGAAAGAAUGUGAAAUGCAAGUGUCAUUCCUGGUAUGCUGGAACGAAGUGCCAAAUUAAUCUUAAGAUUAUAGCAAUUUGUAUAAUUAUUAGCAGUACAAUAUUGGCUAUAUUUCUACUAUUUUAUUUUUUACUAAUAAACACUAGUAGGAAAAGAGACAAAGCAUUUAAUAAAGCCAACACAUUACAUUCUAGUAUGAUAACAACAUCAGAAAGUUAUAGAAAUGAAACUACAAGUCAAUCCAGUCAGGAGUCCUACCCCUCUCUAAAGGUAAAGAAAUGCCAUGGAGUAAAGGCCAUUUCGAUACCUAAUAUGUACAAUAUUUUAAAUGUUAGAAAGGCAGUUGAUAAUCAUGACAAAUCCUAUCAAACUGAACGAUCUAUUGAUCUCAUGAUUCCACGUGCUAAAUAUUGCUGGCCGUAUAUCUCUUCUCAUCAUCAUCAUCGUUUAAAAAACAACCAAGAUACUAAUAGAUCAUUGCCAGAUAUAACAUGGAAAAGUGAAAUACAUAUUCAUGAUCUAAGAUCGAAUCCAGGCCGAAAUCAAGGGAAUUAUUCAAAAAGAUCUUUUGAUGUAGGAACACACCUUGUGCCUGGGUUUAAGUCGCAAAAUUCCUCUAAAAUUCUAAUGUCAGAAGACGUCGGAUUCAAAGACACCACGGAAAUCAAUGAUUCAAAUACGAUGACUGAACGUGAUUUGGGUUCAACGUUUUUGUUGCCUCAUACACAUCUUUAUAAACCUGAUCAGGUAACAUUCUAUAUAUACACCUACAGGGUAUUACAUUUGUAGUUAGAAAUUUGGAACUCAGUGAAGGAGACAUUUAUGGAUGAAAAGCAUCAAUAGCCGAGACGGUCUUGCCAUGUAUGC